AUGAUGAGAAGCAUGGAGAAGACCAUGAGCAUCAAUCUGAACGAAUACCAGAACCUCAUGUCCAAUAUCCGGGGCCAGGAGCAGAUGAUCAUCACCAUGAUGAACAGGAUAGAGGUCCUGCAGGAGAGGUUGGACAAAGUUGACAAGGGCAUGCUGGAGCGUAUAGGACGAGUCCAGGGCGAUUUCCAGCGUUUUUUGCAGGACCAAAUGCGUUAUUUCGUGGAUAAAAGCAGUCCUGGAUCCCAUGAGACCAGGUUUGAAAGCUUUGAAAGAGUGGAACCACCCCAACACCUAGGUCAAAUCAGUCAGCUGAACCAGUUGAGCCAAUUAACCCAGCUUGGGCAGCUGGGGACGAGUCAGAGCCAGAGCAGUGGCCAUAGCUCUGAUGGAAGCCGCAAUUUGAUUCCUGAUAUCCGCCUCAACCGCCGAGUGCGGAGCGUCCAGGAUGUCUGGGAGGAAUGGCACAAGGGCUACAAGAAUAAUCCACCUCUUAAGGACCUCGAGAAGGUUUACAAGGCCAAAUGGCGUCGUGGAACCAUCAGCAAAACAGCCCAGCGGCGCAAAAAGAUUGUUGAGGCGAUAGAACACGCCAUCAACGUGGAGAUGCUGGACGAGUUCGAAGCUCUACGCAGACUUGAGGAGUUUCGCGUUUCCCGUAAAAAAUCCAUGUUUUGGCUGUAUAACAAUGUUCCCUCAAGUCUGAGGGAUUUGCCCUGA